GACAUUGAUCCUAUGACGCAUGCCCGGAAGAAGCAGCUUUUCCUUCUGAAACGUCCAGCUAGGUCUGCUGGCCAAGCUCCGUCGCCAACGGGCCGCACGAGGAUGGAUAGGACAGAAGCCGAGGGCGGCGAGCAGAGAGAUGGGGAGAGUGCCGAGGCUCCGAGCUGUCCGAGGGCGCUCGUGGGCAUGAGCAAAGGCAAGAAUUUGCAGGAGGUGCGAAAGACGUACCCGCUGCGGAGGCGGCUGCUCCCAGCUGUGAGCAAAAAAACCUGCAAAGUGCUCCUCACCAGGCUGGAGGAUGUCGCUGGGUCGCUGUCCAAGGAGGGCCAGAGCUGUAGGAAAAAGGAUCUUCCCAGCUGGAUGGAGGGUUUUGGACCUGCCUUCUUCUCUGAACAAGUUCAGGCCACGGCAGCGGGCAAGAGCGAUUCCGCUGGGGAAAAGCGCACGGCGGCAUAUGCGGGCGCAGAGCAAGAGCUGGAUGCUGCCCCUGCAGAGCCCCGGAAGCGAAGGCUGGCCUCGCUCAAUGCCGAGGCCGUGAACAAUCUGCUCUUCGAGCGGGACGAUGGCUUGUUAUCCGGCAGGCGCUUCCGGAGGGACGCCGUCAAAGCCAGCGGAGACUGUACGGUUAAGAGCUUGCAUUGCAAAGCUGCUGACAACUGGCCCGUGGCAGAGAGGAGCGCUGCGAAGGCAGGAAAAGGAAAGAACCGGAAUGAGCCCCGGCAGAAAUGCGGUAGCUACGACCACGCGCUGGAUGAGGUCUUCGAUGGGACGAAGAAAGAGGACGGUGCCAUCUCCUACCAUCCCACCCCAAAGAGACUGGCCAGCCUGAACGCUGUGGCCUUCCUGAAGCUCACCCAUGAGAAAGAGCAGCCUCUGAAGCAGAGGAACAAAUCGGAUGGCGAGGGCAAGUCCGAGAACCACUGCUCGAAAUCGACGCUCAAGUGGGCCAAAGCCAACAGGAAGAAUUGUGUCAAACCCAAAAAGGAAAUGUCUAGCCUGAAAAUGGAAGGCCAGCAUGGCUGGCGGGGCCUUGCGCUAGGUACUUUUGGGAAAGCCGACAGGCGGGACUCCUCUAGGCUCUACGGGACGACGGAACCUGUCCAGUACGAAUCGCUGUCCAGCUCCUUCGCGAGCACGGAAGGUUUCUACCACAGACUGCCUUUGCUUAUGGGUGGCCAAGCUUCCAUGAAGCCGGAGUACGGAAGACCUGGAGAGAAGUCCCCGACUCCCAAACAGGAGUUUCAUCAACCUUCCUUCCCAGUGCAGCAGUUCCCUCCCUUGCCCGUGCCGGGGAAUCACGCGGAUUGUGGAUGUCUCUAUGAAUCCUCGGAUCUGACCCCGUUGAACGGGUUUUACGUUUAUUAUGGCCAAAGUGGAUACAGUGGCUACUCUCACUGCUCGGUUUACCCCAAGGACGAGCUUUCGCAGCCGGCUGCCUGUGAGGGGCUCUUGGUGUCUCCUGGUUCCUUGCCAUCAGGGGCUCAUUUCCAGCCGCUUCACUGGUGUAGCUCUCCGUACUGUUGUGCAGAAGGACCGGCUCUUAGCAGUUACAGUGUCUGUGGAGUGGUGCACGUGCCGGAGGGCAGGAUUAGCAGCGUGCACGCGGGCCGGAACAGCUACCCCUACAAAAUGCCUUUUGCAGCAGAAGGCUGCAAGUCUCUGGACCAGCUGAACCUCACGAUCCCCGUGGCAGGGCACCCCGCGUCGCCUGCCCACCCGCUCUCAGGAUGCCCCGUGCCCAGCGUGCCGCCGGCUGCGGAACCGGUUCCUCACCUGCAGACGCCCAACUCUGACCCCCAGACUAUGGCCCGAGAAUGUCCGCAGAGCUCCAAGCCCCCCAGCGGCUCCAAAUCCGGCCUCCGGAAUACCCCGGGCUGCCUCCACGCCUCGGACAGCAAAGCGGCCGGAGGCCAUUCCCACCCGAAGCAGCAGCGCAUUAGCCGGCGGAGAGCCACCAAUGGCUGGAUGCCUGUGGGCACGGCCUGUGAGAAGGCCGUCUACGUUGUGAAUGAGCCCGAGCCAGCCGUUCGCAAGAGCUAUCAGGCUGUGGAAAGAGAUGGGGAGAUUAUCCGAGUACGAGAUACAGUCCUCCUGAAAUCAGGACCCCGGAAGAAAUCUAUGCCAUAUGUUGCAAAGAUAUCGGCGUUGUGGGAAGACCCCAAAACAGGGGAGCUGAUGAUGAGCCUCCUGUGGUAUUACAGACCGGAGCACACUCAGGGAGGCCGCAACCCCAGUAUGCACCAGAAUGAGAUCUUUGCGUCCCGGCAUCAGGAUGAGAACAGUGUUGCCUGCAUAGAAGAGAAGUGCUAUGUGCUGACCUUUGCAGAGUACUGCAGAUUUUGUGCCUUGGCAAAGCGUCGCGUCGAAGGGAUCCCAGGCAGGAAAACCAUUAUGGUUCCUCCCUCGGAGGAGUACUCCACACCUCUGCACCGCAAGGUGCCCGAGGACACUGACCCCGAGCUGGUUUUCCUCUGCCGUCACGUCUACGACUUCAGACACGGGCGCAUCUUGAAGAACCCACAGUAGCACAAGCCUUGGGUGGCACCACAGAGAGGACGUGUGGCACCGGAGAGCCGAUGGC